AACGAUGUAAACAAUCUGCAAUUGCAUUUCCAUGUUCUGGAAGAUUUGAAUUUCGUUCACUAGUUUUAGUUUUUGAUAAAUUAUUAACAAAGAUGGCUUAUUUUAAAAUCUCCUGUUUUAAUCUAAAAGUAUUCUGUAAAUUUUUCUUUGUAUUUUGGAUUGUUAUUAAAAUGCACUUAGUUACGGGAAAGAGUCGUGUUGAAACAACUUGUCAAACGUGCAGAGAUUUAGUCAAGAACUUUAAUUUGGGCAUGGAAAAGACUGCAAAAAAUCAUUUUGGUGGUGGUGAUACUGCUUGGGAAGAAGAAAAUCUGAAAAGUUAUGCAAGAAGUGAAACAAGAUUAUUAGAAAUUUUGGAAAGUGUUUGUAAUGAUGUCAGUAAAGAGAAUAACUCUCACUGAAACUCAAGCACCAUGUUGGCUGUUGCUAUAAAAUUAGACUGAUACCAAAUAAUGUAGACAGCAUAACAUUCGUUGAGAUUUUAUUUGUUGUUUUUAAACAUGAAUUUUCCAGUCUACCUGUCACGCAAUGGUUGAAGAAAAUGAAGAAUUGUUAGAGAGUUUCUGGUUUAACAAGCAUACAGAGCUAUCUUCCUUGGAAACAUUUUUAUGUAUUGAGAAACUAAAAGCAUGUUGUCCAAUUGGAAAAUAUGGAAAAAAUUGUAAAGAGUGCCCUGGUGGUGCAAGCAAACCUUGCAAUAAUAGAGGCACAUGCAAGGGAUCAGGAACUCAAAGUGGUACUGGUGAAUGUGAAUGUAACACAGAGUACACUGGACCUGAAUGUGAAGAUUGUAAAGACAACUAUUAUAAAGAUGGGCUUGACUGUAAAAAAUGCCACAAAUCUUGCAAGUCUUGUAAUGGAUCAACAAACCAAGAAUGUGAAAGCUGUGCUGAUGGUUACAUUAUGGAUGAUGAAAAAAGAUGCAUUGAUAUUGAUGAAUGUGAAAGAAAAGACAUAUGCAAAGUUGGUGAAUUUUGUUUUAACACUGAAGGAUCAUUUAGAUGUCAUCAUUGUGAUCCUGCAUGUAAAGAUGGGUGCACAGGAACUGGAAGGUUAUCCUGUACUAAUUGCUCAAAUGGGUGGACAAGGGUGGAACUCACCAAAGCCUGUGAAGAUAUUAAUGAGUGUGAUCAAGAAGCUAUUUGUCCUAUUGGUACCUACUGUAUUAAUAACCCAGGAUCUUAUGUAUGUGAACCAUGUCACCAAGCAUGUAGUAAUGGCUGUUCAACAGCUGGACCUCAGUCAUGUAAUGCUUGUGCUGAAGGAUAUAUGUUGUCAGAGGGAAAUGGAUGUGUUGAUAUCAAUGAAUGUUUAGAAAAGAAAGUUAAAUGCUCAUCUGGUCAAAUAUGUGUUAACAGGGAUGGCCCAGACAGUUGUGAAAAUUGCCAUUCAUCGUGCCUUGAGUGUUCUUCCACUGGUAAAAGUGAUUGUUUGAUAUGUAAAAGCGGUUUAGCAUUGAUCAAUGGCCAGUGUGAUGAUAUAAACGAAUGUAUGGACAAUCCGUGUAAUUCUAAAACCGAAGUUUGCACUAACAAUAUAGGUUCUUACAAAUGCACAUGUAAACAUGGUUUUGCUCGAUCUAAAACCAGUGGUCAAUGCAUUGAAAAGAAAAAAGGAAAAGAUAUAAAAAGUGAAGAGAAGCUUGAAGUCACAACCCCAUCCGAUGGCAAAGCUGAAUUGUAAUCUCCCAAAACAUCAUGCGCCACAAUAGAUAUAUUUUUUGAAUUUUAAAAUAUUUUUUCUAAGAUGUUAUUUUUGUGAAAGCUUGUAGCUUAGGUGACGAAAGUAUUUAAAUAAUCGAUUUUACCGAUUUAGAUUGACUCGAUUGUUUUAAAAAGUAUAACUAGUUUUGACUCUGUUCUCCAUUUUAUUGUAAACACAAAACAUUUGUGUCUUGCUAUGAUAUAUGUUUUCAAAUUAAUAAAAAGUUCGUAUAUUUAA